AUUGGGCAGGGCGGCCUGUCGAUCUCGGCCAGUUAGACUCCUGCUUUCCCGGCUGCGGCGGGGAGAGAGCGUGGCCUUCGGGGACAGCUGGGUCAAGUUGAGAAAAUACUCAGGUUGGACCAGGUAAAGGACUGCCAGAAAGAGCGAGCGUCCCAGCACGGAGGCUGGUUAGAGAGCCUGCGGCUGGACUUCGGGGCACGGCCGGGCCUGGUGCUGAGGCAAGGGGAUGACCCAUACGACCUCGAGUCUCUUCCUUUCUUGAUCUAGGCGAGUCCCGGGAGCAGUCAGCACAGGGAGGAAGUAGCGGCUACCAUGGAUGAGGAUAAGCUUCCAUCUGUACUACCUGGGGAAGGUGGUGCUGCCUGGGACCCCAGCUUGGAGCCUGAGGAAGAACCUGGGGUCCAGAAUGGAAUGGCACACAGUCAGGACCUGAACAGUAGCUACAACAGCCCAGGGCAUGAGAUGAGGGGCACUCUGGUGGACACUGAGGAGUCCACACAGGGCCCGGACAUGGCCCUCCAUGGCCUCAGCCUUGGCCUUUCCUUCACCAAUGGCCUAGUCCUGGGGCUAGACUCAAAUAUUCUAGAAGAUUCUGCAGAGUCCAGGCCCUGGAGGGCUGGUGGGCUGGCAGAGGGGGACAGUGCUUCCAGGAAUCUCUGUCUGGACACUGAGGACCCUCAGCUGGGGCUGGGCGGCCCCGGAGAGCCAGAUGUGCGGGAUGGCUUCAGUGCUACGUUUGAGAAGAUCGUGGAGUCCGAGCUGCUGCGGGGCACCCAGUACAGCAGCCUUGACUCCCUGGACGUGCUGAGCCUCACGGAUGAGAGUGACAGCUGCGUCAGCUUUGAGGCCCCCCUGACACCCCUCAUCCAGCAGCGGGCCCGUGAUAGCCCUGAGCUGGGGGCUGGCUUGGGCACUGGGGACAUGGGGUCUGAGGGGGACAUGGGAGCAGCUGGUGGUGAUGGGGGGCUGGGCAGCCCCCUGCGGUGCUCCAUCUCCAGCAGCCGAUCAGAGAACGUCCUGAGCCGCCUGUCUCUCACAGCCGUGCCCAAUGGCUUCCAUGAAGACGGACCCCGGGGUCCAGGUGGGGACGAGGAGGAAGAGGAGGAGGAGGAGGAGGAGGAGGACACAGACAAGUUGCUGAACUCAGCCAGCGACCCCAGCCUAAAGGAUGGCUUUUCAGACUCGGACUCGGAGCUGAGCAGCUCGGAGGGGUUGGAGCCUGGCAGCACAGACACACUGGCCAACGGGUGCCAGGGGGUCAGUGAGGCUGCUCGCCGGCUGGCCCGCCGCCUCUACCACCUCGAGGGCUUUCAGCGCUGUGAUGUCGCCCGGCAGCUAGGCAAGAACAAUGAAUUCAGCAGGCUGGUGGCCGGGGAGUAUCUCAGCUUCUUCGACUUCUCGGGCCUGACUCUGGACCGAGCGCUCAGAACCUUCCUGAAGGCCUUCCCGCUGAUGGGGGAGACGCAGGAGCGUGAGCGGGUCCUGACGCACUUCUCCCGCCGGUACUGCCAGUGCAACCCGGAGGACAGCACCUCGGAAGAUGGGAUCCACACACUCACCUGUGCUCUGAUGCUGCUCAACACGGACCUGCACGGACAUGUGACCCCAUCUUUGGCCGAGCUUGAGGGCAACCUCAAGACCCAGUUACAGCUGUGCUAA